UUUAUGAGGUGCAACCAAAACAGCUGUUAGACAUUGCAACAGGGAUAUUCUGGCAGGGUGUCUGUCUAGCAUUAGUUCUGAAUACGGUUGUGGUUUUGAUCACUAAAAUGGCUGUGACUUUUGGACUCUCUUUGAGUGUUUCUUGGAUUUGUUGCCUGCUAAUUGGAGGGAUAACGUGUUUUACCCUUCAAGGUGAUGCUUAUGGGCAUCCUGCCUGCACUGGACCUGAACCAACUAGAUCCCAAGCAAGUGUGGUGUCUGGUCCAAAUGCUAAAGCUACUGGCCACAAUACCCUGGCAAGUGUGACGCCGGGUCCAACUGCCAACCAUACCUCUGCAGAAGCGGCCCGCGCCUCAGCUGAAGCAACUGCCAACCAUGCCUCGGCAGAAGCGGCCGCCGGCCUCCGGACCUCUGCAGAAGCGGCCCGCGCCUCAGCUGAAGCAACUGCCAACCAUGUCUCUGCAGAAGCGGCUGGCCCCCGCGCCUCAGCAGAAGCAACUGCCAACCAUACCUCUGCAGAAGCGGCCCGCGCCUCAGCUGAAGCAACUGCCAACCAUGCCUCUGCAGAAGCGGCUGGCCCCCGCGCCUCAGCUGAAGCAACUGCCAACCAUACCUCUGCAGAAGCGGCCGCCGGCCCCGCGCAUCAGCUGAAGCAACUGCCAGCCAUACCUCUGCAGAAGCGGCCGGCCUUGAACAGACGGCCCGACCCCCUCAACAAGCUAGAUAGGGAGAUCAUAAUUUGGUUUGCCCAACUCCUUAAUCGUCUUUCUCCUGUUACUGUGCCUCCAUUUGCAGAAAAGGGCAAAGGUAAUUGAGGUGAGGAAUUAUGCAAACUAAUGCGUUUGUUUGAAAUGAGGAUCUUCUUCACUUGCGCAUCGUUAUGCAAAUUGUUUACAGGGGUGAACACUACAAUGGUAUAAAUUAUUUUCAAAACCAUACGACUAAAAUUGACAUCUGAUUUGGCCAAUAUUGCUGACACUUAGGUUGUACGGUUAUGAUUUUGAUGUGUCCUGGUGUUUCUGCUACUCUUGCAUGACUUGUUCAAUAAACAAUUUGACUUCCAAAAUG